AUGGUCUAUGGUCCUUCUGUCAACCAUACCAUGGUGACUGAAUUUAUCCUGUUGGGAUUCACCAGUCAUCCGCAGUUGAGGCACAUGCUGUUUGGACUCUUCCUGAUGAUGUAUGCAGUGACAUUGGUAGGCAAUGGAUUGAUUAUAGCUGUGGUGUGGGCUGAUCCACUCCUCCACACACCCAUGUAUCUCUUCCUGGGAAGCCUUUCCUGUUCUGAGACAGCCUACACCUUGGUAGUGAUACCAAGAAUGCUUUGUGACCUGCUCGAACCCCAUCAACCCCUUCCUUUGGCAUCAUGUGCCACACAAAUGUUCUUCUUUGUGGCUUUAGGCGUAAGUGACUGCCUGCUAUUGACAGCAAUGGCAUGGGACCGCUAUGUGGCAAUCUGUCACCCACUCCACUAUGGGAUCCUCAUGAGUCAACAUAUCUGCUGGGGCCUUGUGGUAGGCUCCAUCUGUGGUGGUUUCGCUGUUUCUUCCUUCCUCACUGGCAUGAUUUUCUCUUUGCCAUUUUGUGCACCUAAUCACAUCCCACAUUUCUUCUGUGACAUCCCUCCUGUUCUGAGCCAGGUCUGCCCAGGCUAUGGAAUUAUUGAAAGGACUGUUACAACCUUGGUUACCGUGAUACUGGUUGUCCCCUUCUCCUUCAUCAUGUUGUCCUAUGGGUGCAUUUUAAUGGCUUCUCUGCACAUGAACUCAACCCAGGGCUGUCACAAGGCCUUCUCUACCUGUGGAGCUCACUUAACGGUGGUCUUUCUUCACUAUGGCAGUGCCAUCUUCUCAUAUACUAGGCUCAAAGGUAGCUAUGGUGAAGGCAAGGACCAUAUCCUUGCAGUGUCUUACACUGUUCUGAUUCCCAUGCUGAACCCCUUAAUUUAUACUCUCAGAAACAAAGAAGUCAAAGGAGCACUUAGGAAGAUGUUGAACAGGGGUCUCCUUAUUCAAUGGCUGGGGGAAAACUGA